UUGCUGACACUCCCAUAGCCGUUAUCCACACUUGCACACAGAUUAUUUCACUUUGGAUAUGGCUAGAGUUGCACCAGAAGAGAAUUAUCUCCAAGAUCUGAAAGAUAGGUUUCAAGAGGCAGAAGUUCUUGAUGAUUCUCAAGUUCCAAUAAUUGAUUUCUCUGGUGAUCCCAAGUAUAUAGUAGAUGCUAUAGCUUGGGCUUGCCAAGAAUGGGGUUUUUUCCAGGCAAUAAAUCAUGGUGUUCCAAUUGCUAGUAUGAAAAAUGUCCUCAAACUAGCCAAAGAAAUUUUCAAUCAGACAUCAGAGGAGAAUGAAGCCUAUAAUUCAUUGGGGAAUAAACUCAGUGACGAUCCAUCUGAAGCAUACAGAUAUGGCUCUGGAUUUAACAACAGGAAAGACGCGAAACCAAUCGACUUAAAGUAUUUCCUCAGGCUGGACUAUAGUCUUGCUCAACAGGAGGACAUUUGGCCAGAGUCACCGAGUUACUUCAGGGAAGUGAUGAAAGAGUACCAUGACCAGGUCUCAGCCUUUGGACACUGCUUGCUCGAUAAUAUUUCCAAGGGCCUUGGCUUGGAGAAUAGUUACGAUCUUAAGGUAAUGGGCGAGAAGAUCAUAUGCAUCAUGAACUACUACCUUCCAUACCACACACCGGAGCUCGUCAAGGGCGUGUCGGCUCACUCGGACCCCCGUGCUAUCAGCAUCCUCAUCCAAGACGAUGUUGGGGGACUGGAAGUUUGCAAAGAUGGUCGAUGGUUUGCGGUAAAGCCAGUGAAAUAUGCCUUCGUCGUCAACAUUGCUGAUCAGUUACAGAUAAUGACGAAUGCAAAAUACAAGAGCGCCGAGCACCGAGUUCGAGCACACCCUGAGAAGUCGAGAUUGUCCGUGGUUGCGUUUUUUGGGCCUGGAAUGGACACAGUGGUCGGCCCCCUGCCAGAGAUGGUAAGCGAAGAAAAUCCUCCUCUCUACAGGGAAUGCGCCACCAAAGACUAUUUGACCCAGUUCUACGCCAACGGGCUUGAUGGCAAAAGGAGCUUGGACUAUGUUAAGCUCGACCGUGCUAAAGUUUGAGAAGAACAAUGCCAUGAACAUAUAAUAAUCUGUCUUUUAAGAAGUUGGAAGUUUGCGUAGGAAGACUAAAGACUUUGUUUGCUCUGCAUGGCAUUGUUUGAGGCUUCAGUUUUCUGGGCGUUUUGAGUUGUGGACAGACUUCUAUAUAAGACAUUGUUUCUCCUC